GGAGAGAGCGGAGACAGGGAAGGGAGAGGGAAGCUGGUGAAGCCACUGAUAUUCGUGAAGACGGCAAGUGUUUUUUCUUCCUUUGCUGUGGUGACCCAGAGCUGCUGCUGCUGCUGCUGGUCUGCAGAGAGACAGAGGGAGCAGGGAAGAGAAAACACAAGGAGACACUGAGAGAAAGACAGAAAGAAAGAGAAGACGAGGCCCAGCCCAUCUUGCCAUUGAUCUUGAGGCGAUCAAGCGAGUCGACACCGAAAAGGACACACCACGGUUAAUUCAAGCAUGGAUACCAGCAAAUCAAGCCUGGAGUUCUGACGACAGGACUUUCUCAAAUAAAGGAUUCAACACCUUUUUCUAUGCAGGAUUUAGAUCCAGUUGAUCAAUCAGUUGAUGGAAAACUGACCUGAGACCUGAGGUGAGACUUUACUUUUUCCAUUUGGAUUUGGGAGGUUUUGGAAGCUACAUUCAUGUGGGAUCAGGUUUACAACUGGGAAACAUCAUGGAGACAAUACUGCAAGCUGGAUAAGCAUUACAGAGAACUUGUAAAAAGGUGUUUUUGCUGAGUGUCACAACAGUGACACCAUGGUUUCAGAGUGGGACGUCCCAUUGGCUUGUCUUGCUAAAUCAAGACGACCUGAAGGCGGAUCUGUGAUUUCCUGUGAACAGAUCACUUACACUAAAAUGGAAUAAGGAUUUUCUUCUUUCCUCCACCUUUGGUUUGUAAAAAGUAAAUCACAAUAAGGGUGAUUUCCAUCACACUGAGUGUGGAGCCUCUGAGAGGCACAUCGAUGUCCCUUUAGCCUCCACGGCAGAGGGACGGCCUAUUCAAGUCACCUGAAGACCAAGGUGUGGGGCAGUGAACAAGUGAGUGAGGCGAUUGUGGCUGGCUGAGUCAGCUCCAAAUGGGGGCCGGUUGUGAGCCGGUCUGACCCCGGUUUGACCUUGCAGUGACCUUUGACCUCACCGGUCCUGGCUCUCCACCUGCUCUGUUGCCUGGGUUCCGGAACGCUCCGCCCUGGGGCCCAGAACGAGCCAAUCAGGAUGAAGAAGAGCCGCAGCGUGCUGUCGGUGACUGGAGAAGAGGGCAAUGACACAGAUAUAACAGGUGCUGGGGAGAAGGCGGAGUCAUCUCGCUACAGCCGCUCGUAUACGUCUGGGGCCACACUCGGGGCUGAGCUACGCAGAGGGAGGAGCAGAAGACUCUCAUCAAGUCUCCAGGUUCCUUGCUGGCUUCGACCUCGAGACCGCACUCGUUCUCCAGAGGUCCUGAGCAAUGCGGCGCGUCCCACAACUCUCCCCCUCCGAAUCCCACCACGCAUUUCCAUCACACAAGCAGACGCUGACAGUUACGAGGGAGAAAAUGGAGUGUCCCCGGGUCACACCCCUCUGGGCUCUCAGAGUCCAGGCCUCACCCUGCACACCUCCUUCCCCCAGGGCCAGAGGAGAGAGUCCUUCCUGUACCGCUCGGACUCCGACUACGAUAUGUCGCCCAAGACGGUCUCACGCAACUCCUCCCUCGCCAGCGAAGGGCAUACAGCAGAAGACUUUAUUGUCACACCUUUUGCUCAAGUUCUGGCCAGUCUACGAUCAGUACGGAGUAACUUCACCAUUCUCGCCAAUGUCUCCACACCAACAGUCAAGAGGUCUCCUCUGGGUGGGGUGUGCGUCAGUCCCAGGGCGACACUAUCAGACCAGCAGUACCAGCAGCUCGCCCUGGACACCCUGGAGGAACUGGACUGGUGCUUGGACCAGCUGGAAACCAUUCAGACUCACCGCUCUGUCAGUGAAAUGGCCUCAAACAAGUUUAAAAGAAUGCUGAACAGAGAACUGUCACAUCUGUCAGAGAUGAGUCGAUCUGGUAACCAGGUGUCUGAAUACAUCUCCAGCACCUUCAUGGACAAGCAGAACGAGGUGGAAAUCCCGUCUCCUACCCUGAAAGACAAACCUAUGAGUCACAUCAGCGGAGUGAGGAAACUGUCUCACAGCUCCAGUCUCUCCAGCACAUCCAUGCCUCGCUUUGGCGUAAACACGGACCACGAGGACGAGCUCGCCAAGGAGUUGGAGGAACUGGACAAGUGGAGUUUUAACAUUUUCAAAGUAGCAGAAUUCUCUAAUAACAGACCACUGAGCUGCAUCAUGUACGCCAUCUUCCAGGAGCGGGAGCUGCUGAAGACGUUUCGAAUCCCAGUCGACACCUUUGUAACUUACGUGAUGACCCUGGAGGACCAUUACCAUGGAAACGUAGCAUACCACAACAGUCUACAUGCUGCAGAUGUCACCCAGUCCACACACGUCCUCCUCUCAACACCUGCUCUGGAUGCGGUCUUCACUGAUCUGGAGAUCCUCGCUGCUCUGUUCGCUGCAGCUAUCCACGAUGUCGACCACCCAGGAGUGUCUAAUCAGUUCCUCAUUAAUACCAACUCAGAGCUGGCCCUCAUGUACAAUGACGAGUCUGUUCUGGAGAACCACCACCUCGCUGUGGGUUUCAAGCUCCUGCACCAGGAAAACUGUGACAUCUUCCAGAACCUCACGAAAAGGCAGAGGCAGAGCCUUCGAAAGCUCGUCAUUGACAUGGUGUUAGCUACAGACAUGUCCAAACACAUGACCUUGUUGGCUGACCUCAAGACGAUGGUGGAAACUAAGAAGGUGACGAGCUCUGGCGUGUUACUUCUGGACCACUACACAGAACGCAUACAGGUACUGAGGAACAUGGUGCACUGUGCAGACCUCAGCAACCCCACCAAACCACUACCGCUGUACCGACAGUGGACAGAGAGGAUCAUGGAGGAGUUUUUCAGACAGGGUGACAAAGAGCGAGAGAGGGGGAUGGAGAUCAGCGCUAUGUGCGACAAACACACUGCUUCUGUGGAGAAAAGUCAGGUGGGUUUCAUCGACUACAUCGUCCACCCGCUGUGGGAGACGUGGGCGGACCUGGUCCACCCGGACGCCCAGGAGUUACUGGACACACUGGAGGAGAACCGGGAGUGGUACCUGAACACCAUGCCCCAGUCCCCCUCCCCUCCACCGGACCGACACCUACAGCACGACCGCUUUCAGUUCGAACUGACCCUGGAGGACAUAGAACACAACAACCACAACCACAUCCACCUGAAGAACAACGGCGGCGGAAGGAGCGCGAGGAGCAGUGGCAGGAAAGCCAUCUGCGACGCCGACAGAACGCAGAACGGCGACGAACAGAACCACAUCAAAACUGAAGAAAGAGAGGACGAGAAUCACAACAGUGAACAGAACGGGGUGGAGGGUGGAGAGGAGGAGGGAGGAGGAGAGGAAAAAGAAGAGGAGAACACGGAAACGGAAAAAGAAGGGGAGGAAACAAGUGAUUUGGGGAAGGAGGAGGAGACGAAAGGAGGUGAGGAAGGAAUACUGGAAGAGGAGGGGGAAGGUGAAAAAGAGGGAGAAGAGGAAGAAAGUAAAGAAAAGGAGGAGGGAGAGGAAGCGCAAGAAGAAGAAAAUGUGGAAGAACAGGAAAAAGAAGAAGAAAAUGUAGAGGAGGAGGAAAAAGAAGAAAAUGUGGAGGAACAGGAAAAAGAAGAAGAAAAUGUGGAAGGGGAGGAAAAAGAAGAAGAAAAUGUGGAAGGGGAGGAAAAAGAAGAAGAAAAUGUGGAAGAGGAAAAAGAAGAAGAAAAUGUGGAAGAACAGGAAAAAGAAGAAGAAAAUGUAGAGGAACAGGAAGAAGAAGAAGAAAAUGUGGGAGGUGAGGGUGAUGGAGAAGGGGAAGAAGAUGAGGAAAAAGAAGCUCAGGGGGAAGAAGAAGAAGAAAAUGAGGUGGUGGGAGAAGAGGAGAAUGUGGAAGAGACAGAGAACAAAGAAGAGGAGGAAAAUGAUACUGAGGCAAAUGAAGAGGAAAGUUAAUGGGAUGUAGAAACUGGACCAGGGUCAGUCAGGAAAGACGGAAAAUGAGGUUUAAUUUAGAAUAGACGGAGCCGGACACCAAACAAACCCACAUAAACCAGAGCGAACGCCUUCAGAUCUUUGAGUCUUAACUGUGGACCGACUGCGUUAGAGAGACUCGUCAUCGUAUCUGUACAUGUGUCACUGCCGCGAAAAAAGCGUUUUAUCAACCUUUUGUAGCUCCUGAAAACCUGAAAUUGCAAAUAAGUGCGUGCCUGUCCUCCUCCUCUGAGACUACGAUCUUCCACCGCCGUCUGUUACUGCCUCUGUCUCGUCCACGAGGAAGAUAACGCCACACACCAUUAAUUCCAGACACUUGUACGACUGUUCAAAGAAUGUUCUGUUUGUCAGAAAAGAAAAAAAAAAAGCCAAAAAAAAAAAAAAAGUCUGGAAAGUGUAGUCUGUCGUCUUCUAUUUACUACAUAAACUUUCCUCUUCCAAACAGGCCCUGAGCUCUGGUCUAGGGACACUUUCUUUAACUUCCUCAUGUACUAACCUUAAAGCAACAAUGCUGGAUUUCUGUCAUUUUGCAGUUCUGUAUGAAACACAUCUGGACAGUUUGCAGAACAGCAGAAUUAUUGUACGUGUCAAUGUCGGUUCAAAGCGCCCAGUAUUCAUCCCAUUAGAAUCUGAUGCAAGACUGUGAGUCCUGUCCUGGGUGGAUUGUGUGGUGAACUGUCCCACGACCAGCACUGAGCAAUUCAGCCCCGCCCCCCUGACAAAAAGAGGGAGGGGCUACUCAUCCAUGAAGCAAUGAACUGUGGAACCAGGCUAAAGGGUGUGAUGGUCUUCCACAAAUCCCUUUUUUUUCUUUUUUUCUUUUUUUGUAAAAAUGGUAUUUGGCACUUUAUCUAACACCCCUGUUACAUAUAUGUACAUAAUAAACAUGUAUUUUAAUCUGCUGAUGUCAUAAUAAAUAUGAUCAAUGAAGUUGA